UAUAUAGAAAGCAGGAAGUCAAGUUGCAGUCUGAUGUUUCGAAGGCUCGUACCUUGAGCGGCAAGUACCGAUUGACCAUGGAACUCAAAUCCGGAUCGUCGUUAUCUCCCGUGUAGAGCAAUUCACCAUUUCCAUUAUCCUCCGCACAUAAUCUACAAAUCGUUGAAUCAUAAAGCCGUACUUCUGCCAUGACUCUAAGGGAACUGUUCACUAACGACUAACAUCGAUAUCUUAACCAAAGUGACGACAUUAAAAAUGGAACAAGAAGAAAAUAUACAAGAGCAAAAUGAAUUUUAUACUGCGGCUGCCAAUUAUUGGGAUGACAUCCCACCGACAGUGGAUGGAAUGCUUGGUGGUUUUGGAUUUAUUUCUCAAACUGAUAUAAAGGGAUCUACAGUAUUUUUGAAGGCUCUAUUCGAGUCAAAAAAUCCUCCAUCAAAAACCUCUGCGUUAGACUGUGGUUCUGGCAUAGGAAGAAUAACUAAGAACCUGUUGUUAAAUUAUUUUAAACAUGUCGAUUUAGUGGAACAAAAUUCAAAAUUUCUAGAAGCUGCUAAAACAAAUUUAAAAAAUUAUUCUUCAAGAGUUGACUACUAUCCCAUUGGACUCCAAAAUUUUCAUUUUACUACCAAGAAGUAUGAUGUCAUUUGGUGUCAAUGGGUUUUGGGUCACUUAAAAGAAGAUGAUUUGAUAGAAUUUCUCAAAAAAUGUUUGUCAGGUUUGAGGCCUAACGGUUUGAUAAUAAUUAAGGAGAAUGUGACAAGUUCUAAAAAUUUGGAAGUUGAUACUAAGGAUUCUUCUGUGACAAGACCUCUAUCUGAAUUCUAUCAUAUAUUUCAAAAAUCUAAUUUAAUUUGCAUCAAGGAAGAACAACAACAUAAAUUCCCACGUGGAUUGUAUCCAGUUUAUAUGUUUGCUCUAAAAUCUGUUGAUAAUCUUUAAAUUUGAUUUAGAAAUGACAAUAAAUUAAGAAAUAAAUUAUUUCAUUAUUUUUACA